AUGGCUAGGGAGGUCAUGCAGUGGGACACUUCUCCCACGCGUGUGCCCCUUAGACGAGGGAAAGGUGCUUUUAUAAAGAAGAAACAUGGUACAACGCGUCGUCCCCUAGGUUUGGAGUUUGCCGCUUCAAAACCAAGGGGGAGUGUUGAAUGUCAUUUCUCAGGAGCUGUUAGUCAGAAAGUCAUUGCUGAUGAUUCUGCUACAUUCCUCUCGCCAAGUUCAGAAGAUGUAAGGGAAACUGAUGGAAAAGAUUCAUGUUCGGAACAACCAGAAUAUAUGCCAGACGGCAAUCGAAAUCAAGACCCUCUGAUCCAGCCUGUCCGACCACUCCCAAAAGCUCAUGGCUCAGAGACCCUUCAGGAUGCAUGCAAGCAUCCCCAAGCCCUCAUAUCAUUAAAGCUCAAGUCACCACAGGUGGAUUUCAGCAGACCCAUCAUAGCUUCUGAAUACAGCUCCAGUCUUCUGGAUUAUAUGCUGGGGCGAGGC